AAAAUUUACUGGUAUGCCGGAUCAAUGGGCCAGAUUACUGCAAACAUCCAAUAUUAGUGUGACAGAGCAAAAAAAGAACCCGCAAGCUGUCUUAGAUGUUUUGAAAUUUUAUGAUUCUUCCAAUACAAAGGAUCAGGAUCAGAAGUUUAUGACUGUAUCAAAAGCAACUCUUGUUCCCUCCAGUAAACCAAGUUUAGCUGAUACAUUUAACACACAAGCUGUCAUCACACCUAAGUUCAAGCCUCCUGAUAUUCCUGUAGUACCUGACAAUGAGGAAGAGGACAGCGAGAAUGCCAAACCACCAGUUAUUGCACCACGGCCGGAUUAUACUAAAUCAAAGUUGUAUACCCGGUCGAUGAUAGACACACAACCUCAACCGGAGCCUUCUGGUCAAGACGCUGCAUCUGCUAACGGCACAGCCCAGGCAGCUGGGGAUAAAACCAAAACAGAAAAACCCAAGAAAAAGAAAAUGACUGAUGAAGAAAUUCUUGAAAAAUUACGUACUAUUGUUAGUGUUGGUGAUCCAAAUAGAAAAUAUAAUCGAUUUGAAAAGAUUGGACAGGGUGCCUCAGGAACUGUAUAUACUGCAAUUGACAUAGCCACAGGGCAGGAGGUAGCAAUUAAACAGAUGAAUCUUCAACAACAACCAAAGAAAGAAUUGAUUAUUAAUGAAAUCCUAGUAAUGAGAGAGAAUAAAAACCCUAAUAUAGUCAACUAUCUGGAUAGCUACCUUGUGAAAGAUGAACUUUGGGUUGUUAUGGAGUUCUUAGCUGGAGGCUCAUUAACUGAUGUUGUCACGGAAACCUGUAUGGAUGAAGGUCAGAUUGCUGCAGUUAGCAGAGAGUGUCUUCAAGCAUUGGAAUUUUUACAUCGUAAUCAUGUGAUUCACCGAGAUAUAAAGAGUGAUAAUAUUUUACUGGGAAUGGACGGAAGUGUUAAAUUGACUGAUUUUGGCUUCUGUGCCCAGAUCACACCAGAACAGAACAAACGUACUACAAUGGUUGGUACGCCUUAUUGGAUGGCUCCUGAAGUGGUCACCAGGAAACAAUAUGGACCAAAAGUCGAUAUCUGGAGUUUAGGUAUCAUGGCUAUUGAAAUGAUAGAAGGAGAACCACCAUAUCUUAACGAAAAUCCUCUUAGGGCGUUGUACCUUAUAGCUACUAAUGGCACACCAGAACUUCAGAAUCCUGAGAAGUUGUCACCAAUCUUUAAAGAUUUCCUUGCUAAAUGCCUUGAAAUGGAUGUGGAAAAAAGAGCAGCUGGAUGUGACUUACUGCAGCAUCCAUUUUUGAAGUUAGCCAAACCAUUAGCCAGUCUGCAGCCUCUUAUACUGGCAGCAAAAGAAGCACAAAGACAUUAACCUACCACAUACCUACAAAGUUACUCCCAUCAUGCUCAUCAUACUGCUACAAGUUACCUUGUACUUGAAACCCCUUGUAUCGUAUUACACAAGGCUAUCUACACAGAUUAAAUGGUGCUGAAGACACAGGAUAACAAUUUGCAACUAUUAGUGAGCUUUUUUUAUAAACAAAUAAAUGUAUGUAUGAAUUAGUCGUACAUUCUUAAAGUUUUAUGGAAAGAUGUAAAUUGCCUAUGCAAUAACAUUUUGUAUUUGUUUGUAUCUGAGAAUUGCAAUCUCCCUGUUUGGUAACAGCACAUAUA